AUGGCUGCAUUGGACCGAAGACUCUUGAUCGAGAGUACAAGUACAGUAACCCAUAACAACGGGGCAUGCAGACCCAGGCCAGUAGCAUUGGCGGAUGAAAUAGCACUCAUAGAUCAUCCAAUAUCUGAUGAUGAUCUCACUCUCUAUGUCCUCAAUGGACUUGGAUCCAAUUUUAGGGAGAUUACUGCUCCUAUUCGGGCUAGGGAGAAAUCCCUUAUGUUUGAUGAACUUCAUGAUCUCCUUCUCGGUCAUGAGGGUUACCUUCAUCGCAUGGAGGCUACUCAACAACAGCUUAUUUCCACUGCUAACUUCACGAUAAAGAAGACUGGAAAUGGAGGUCAACAACGGAGGAACUUCUCCAAGAGAAAUGGGUUUCAUAACCUUAAUUCAAAUCGGUUGGGCAAUAGCCAGUCAAAGGAGAACAAAGGUUCACACAAUAUUACUGGGGAUCUUGAAAAUUUGUCCAUUCAUUAUAAAUAUGAUGGAACUGACGAAGUAAUGCUUGAUGAUGGUACAUGUUUGACUGUUUCGCAUAUUGGUUCAUUAACCCUCAAAUCUCCUCAAAAAAGGUUCUAUCUUCGUGAUACACUAUGUGAACAGACAACAGGGGCGAUACUACUAAGAGGUGCCUGUGAAAAUGGCAUCUACACGUUUCCCACUUCACUGGAGACAUCCAAUUCCACAAUGGUUGCUAAUGGGCAUUAA